UGAUCUUGAACAUGUUGCGUAUAAAACAAAAGGUGGAUUCGCUAACAUUUCUACUACUAUUUGGAAGACAGGCGUUAUAAUGUUAUUUGAUAAUAAGAAACAAGAAUUUAUAAGAGGAAAGCUGAUUACUGUGAUUCUUAAAAACCUUUCAAAUAGUCAACAAGAAGAAAAAGCAUUCUUAAAAAAGAUAAAAACUCAUAUUUCACUAGGUUCUGAGAGUUAUACUGUUGCUAUCUGUUACGGCAUAACAAGAGACACUAAAACUAGUGAUUACAUUCUUGUGCUUGCUAACUAUGAACAAGAUCUAGAAUCAUAUAUUAAAAGUUCCUAUGACAACAUCACUUGGAAAGAAAUUUAUAAAAUUUUUUAUAAUAUUCCAGGUGAAUAA